GACGAGCCUCGGGGAGAGAAACGAGGGCAAAGAGACUGCGUUUGGUCCGAAAAAAGUCACGUUUUAGAGCGAACACCACCGCGCUACGGUCGCCACGGAAGGUUCAAGGGUUUCACCAGCAUCAGCGGCGUCUCUCCCCGGCUCCACGUCUCCACAUUUCACAAAACCCAUCGUGCCUAUUUCAUAUUUAUUAUUUCUCCUUUUGGUCUGAGCGCCUCGUCCCGUUCACCAGCAGAACUCUUCGUCGUCACAUCGCACCGACAUGGCCUCCCAGCAGACCGACAUGGACAUCCCCGACAACCACAGGGAAAGCUGGCUGGCUCUGCUUUCCGCGGCGGAGGCGUACAGUCAGAAGUCCGGCUGCGACGUGGCCAUCCUCACGGCCUGCAAGAAGUUCCGGUCGGGCGAGCAGACGGAGAAGAAGCGAGAGGGCGCCCCCUACCCCCGAGAGUGCGACUUCUCCUACGGCGUGUGGGGCCCGGGGUUCCUGGCCGAGUCGGCGCGCAGGUACAUGGAGGACAUCGGCGUUCUUCACUCCACCACGAUGCUGACGGCGCAGAGACACACGCGACACAGCGCAGGGGGCGGAGCCAAGAUCGAGCUGACCUCUGACCCCGCGGCGGCGCACAGGGCGAGCGCGGGCGUGAGCGAGAGCCCGAGCAGCAGACUCUACUCCCAGAGUUACCCGUCCAUCUACAGCUCGACAGGUGCGGGGCAGGUGCCGGGGCAGAACGGCAACAACGGCGACAGGGAGCGGAGCGUCGCCGAGGCAACGGAGCGAGAGCGACACCGCGCCGGAAUCACCGACCUGGAGGAAGAGUGUGAGGAAGAGGAGGAGGAGGAGGAAGAGAUGGACGAGAGGAGACCGUUUGGGAGCGAGAGCGCAGGCGUGUUUUCGAUGGACGAGGAUUCUCUUUCUCGAGACUGUGAACCGUUCUUUGAGUCGGACGGAGAAGAGGAGAGCACAGACGGCUCCCUGAGUGAAGAGGCUCCUCCCCCUGUGCGGUUUAUGCCCGUGGGGCAGGUGGCGUCGUCGCGGCAGCAGAACUCCAUGGCGCUCGCCCGGUCUCUGCCCGUGUCCGUGCCCGUGUGGAGUUGCCGUGGAAACAGAGGCGGGCAGGGCGAGGGCAACAGCGGCGAGCGGGUGGGCUGUGCAGACCUGGACCACAUCGCGGCGAGUAUGAAGGCUCUGCUGGUGCCCGGAGCCACAGACGGUACGGAGAUGUUUGGAGCUCUGCCCAGACCCAGGCUCAACACGGGCGACUUCUCCCUCAAACACUGAAGAACCACCUCCACCACCUCCACCGGACCCUUCAGAGACCUCCAGAACCUCCAGACCCAGGCUCAACACAGGGGACAUCUCACUGAACCACCUCCAC